AUGGCACUUCUGGACCAUCUGCCGAACAUUGGCAUCUUCGCCAUCUCUGCAGUGGUUCUUUAUUUUGCAACUCAGGUCAUCUACAACCUCUAUUUGCACCCACUCUCGCAGCAUCCCGGACCCUUUCUCAAUGCCAUCUCUCCUCUCCCUCGCCUCUGGUUGAACAUCAACGGCCACGAACCUCAAACAGUCCUCAAAUGGCAUCUCAAAUACGGGCCUAUUGUUCGUAUGGCCCCAAACGAACUCUCCUUCAUAACUCCAGUUUGGAANGACAUCUACGGUUUCAANAAGCCAGAAUUGACCAAGGAUUGGACCAAUUACGCGCUUUCUGAGAACACUAAGCGAUCGAUUCUUUUGGCUGGUGCCGAUCAUGGUAGACAGAGAAAGAUGCUGGCACCUGCGUUUGGUGAGAGAGCUUUGAAGUUGCAGCAAAGUAUGUUGACAACGUAUACCGGUAUGAUGGUUGAAAGAUUGGAGGAAAGGAUGAAGGAGAACAAGGCUAUCGAUAUGGCCAAGGUUUACAAUUGCGUUACUAACACGACACUAAUCGAAUUCACAGCNUUCGACACUAUCGCUGAUUUGAUGUUCGGCAAAUCUCUCGGUCUCUGCGAGAACAUGGAAUACUCAGACUGGCUCUCCCAACUCUUCGGUUCUAUCUGGCUCGCUGGUACCUCUCGCGCCCUCCAAUACUUCCCUCUUCUAUUCCGCCUCGCCACGAUGAUGAUACCAAAACACAUCCAAGACUCCAUCGACUCCUCCUACCAAAACACUGUCGAUAAGGUCAACAAGCGUCUCGAGAUGAAGACAGAAAGACCCGACAUGUUGGGAUUGAUGCUCAAGCAUAAGGAGGAAGGUGCAGAGAUGACGAUGGAUGAGUUGUAUGCUAACGCCGAUUUGUUGAUGAUUGCUGGUACCGAGACCACGGCGACGAGCUUGUGUGGAUUGACUUGGCAUUUGUUGAACAACAAGCCUGUGCUCGAUCGCUUGACCAAAGAGAUCAGAGAGGCUUUUACCAGCAUCGACGACAUUACCAUGGAGUCACUGCCUAGAUUGCCUGUGAGUUGGGAAACAAUAAGGACGAUAACCACAAGAGGGAGAAGAGAGCUAAUCAGAACUCCAUUUGCANNGUAUCUAUCUGCCUGUCUGGAAGAAGGCAUGAGAAUGUUCCCUGCGGUUCCCGAAGGCAUCAGAAGAAUCACUCCUCCCACCGGCGCAACAAUCGGCGGCCACUUCAUUCCAGCAAACGUAGGUGACCUUCUCCCAUCAUCUUCAUACCGUGUACUAACCCCCCCUCUCCUUUGCAGNGUCAAAGUCAGCAUCCCUCACUACGCAGCCUACCACCAUCCCGCCAACUUCACCUCGCCCAAUACCUUUGCCCCCGAACGCUGGCUACCCUCUUCCCAUCCUCUAUACUCCACCGUCUACGAUAACGACAGAAAAGACGUGUUCCAACCCUUCUCAGUGGGUCCUAGAAACUGUAUUGGGUUGACGUUGGCAUAUCACGAGAUGAGAUUGAUCAUGGCGAAUUUACUCUGGCAUUUCGAUGUCAAGCUUGCCGAGGAAGCGAGCAAGGAUUGGUUGGAUCAGACUACGCAUUUGGUUUGGGAUAAGAAGCCUUUGCCUGUGAAGAUUCUGUCUAGAGGGGAGAUUAUGGGUUAG